UUUUUUCACUUUCAUCGAUUAGAAGCAGCUCCGAAAAGGAAAAGAAACGACGAACUCUCCCCGUCCCGGCCCCGCUCCCCGCCACGCCAAGUCGACGGCCGCUCGCCGCCGCCCCUCCCUCCGCCGACCUCGGCCGUUCGGCCCCUCCCGCGGCUGGGGUGAGCGGCGAGCCCCCCUUGCUUCUCCUCUGUCCUGCCCUGCACGGCAAGCAAGGCGGGAGCGAUCGGCGUCGGGAUGCUGAGGCGGCGGCUGAGCUCCCUUCUCCUCCGAUCCCCGUGCUCCUCCGCCGUCGCUUCCUCCUGCCACCACCAGCAGCACCACCUCCUCCUCCCCACCCACGCCGAGAAACCGCCGGCCCCGAAUCUGCUCAGGCUCUUCACGUCCCUAGCUGGAAGCGAUGGUGACAGGCCGUUCAUCGCUUUCGUCUUAGGGGGACCUGGGAGUGGGAAAGGAACGCAAUGUAGUAGGAUCGCUUCGGAUUUUGGAUUUUCUCAUGUGAGUGCUGGUGACCUUCUGCGCAAUGAAAUAUCUUCGGGCACUGAUCAUGGGGAGUGGAUCCUAGAGAUAAUAAGGGAAGGGAGGAUUGUUCCAUCAGAGAUAACUGUUGAGCUUGUCAGAAAAGCAAUUGAAUCAAGCUCUGCUAAAAGGGUUCUUAUUGAUGGUUUCCCAAGGUGUGAGGAAAACAGAAUUGCCUUUGAAAAAAUAACUGGAACUGAACCAGACCUUGUGCUUUUCUUUGACUGUCCUGAGGAUGAGAUGGUUAAACGUCUCCUAAGCCGUAACCAGGGACGAGUUGAUGAUAACAUUGAGACAAUCAAGAAGCGUCUAAAAGUGUUCGAGAGUUUGAAUCUUCCUGUUGUUGAGUACUACUCUUCAAGGGGAAAGGCACACAAGAUAAACGCAACGGGAACUGAAGAUGAAAUCUUUGAAGCAGUUCGCAAGUUGUUUUCCACCUUAAGGCUAUGAGGAGGCUGUCGUCGUCUUCCGCAGGAGCCGGGGGAAUCAGAGUUACGCCUGGCGGAAAUUCUCUUCCUUUCCUUAUUUACUUUUACAUCUCUUGGCAUAAUAAUUGUACAUAUUCUGAUACACGGUCCAUGCCUGUGAAAACAGAGGGCCCCCGGUGAAACGCUCAGCCCGCUAUGAUAAACCCUAACCCUCACGCUCCCGUCGCGCGCCACGGUAUAGCGCAUGAUACGCUGGUAUGGCAGCAAUACUGCUACAAUGAUA